CGGGUCAAAGCAAGAACUUGGCUCUGACAGGGUAAACAGAGGCAGACGCUGCGUUCUUGGGGCGGAGGGCGAGAAGGGCCGUUGCCUCCCGUGAGCUGCCUGGGUUGGCCGCCGCCGCCGCCGCCGCCGGACCCCCCUUGCCGCCAUCAUGGGGAAGUCGUUCGCCAACUUCAUGUGCAAGAAGGACUUCCAUCCCGCCUCCAAAUCCAAUAUCAAAAAGGUAUGGAUGGCAGAACAGAAAAUAUCUUAUGACAAAAAGAAACAAGAAGAGUUAAUGCAGCAAUACGUUAAAGAGCAGGAAUGUUACGAUAACAGAUUGCUUAUGGGUGAUGAACGUGUAAAGAAUGGUCUAAAUUUCAUGUAUGAGGCCCCACCUGGAGCAAAGAAAGAGAACAAAGAGCAAGAAGGAGAAACUGAGUACAAAUUUGAAUGGCAGAAAGUAGCUCCACGUGAAAAAUAUGCUAAGGAUGACAUGAACAUUAGAGAUCAGCCAUUUGGCAUCCAGGUGCGGAAUGUGAGAUGCAUUAAAUGUCACAAGUGGGGCCAUGUAAACACAGACCGAGAAUGCCCUCUGUUUGGUCUUUCUGGAAUUAAUGCAAGCUCAGUUUCCAAUGAUGGCUCAGGGCCAUCAAUGCACCCCUCGGAGCUAAUAGCGGAGAUGAGAAACAGUGGGUUUGCACUGAAACAAAAUGUACUGGGGAGAAACUUGACCGCAAAUGAUCCAUCACAGGAAUUUGUUGCAAGUGAAGGAGAAGAUGACCCAGAGGUGGAAUUUUUGAAAUCCUUGACAACUAAGCAAAAACAAAAGCUUUUGAGGAAACUGGAUCGCCUGGAGAAAAAGAAGAAGAAGAAAGAUAGGAAGAAGAAAAAGCACCAGAAGAGAAAAAGCAAAAGUAAACACAGGAAACAUAAGAGCAGAUCCUCUUCCACAUCCUCCAGUGAGUCUUCAGUAAGCAGCAGUGAUAGUGAGACUGACAGCCAAGAUAAAGCAGCACAAAAGAAGAUGGAUUCUAAGGAAAGAAGAAAAGCAAAGUUUUCAGAGACUAGCAGCAGUGAUUCUGAAGGGAAGGCGAAGACUAAGGGAAAACUUUAUGAAGAUCCCUCCAGCGGUCAUGGUAACAAGGACAAAGAUAGAGAGAAGUGUAGACUUUUAAAGCAAGAUAGUUCUGGGGAGAACAACAAAUGGAGCUCCUGUGAGAGCAAAAGAAAACCCACAAGCAGAAAUGAUAAAACAGACAAGAGAAGAGAAUCAGAAAGAUAUGGGAGCAGAAGCCAAAGCAAGGAGGAGAGGAGCGGGAGAGGCUCUAACACAAGGCACAGGACUUAUAGCCCGAGUGAAGAGCGGCAAAGGAACAACGAAACUAAAAGCCACAGCUCAGACGUUUGUAGAGAGCAACAGAAACAGAAAGAGAGCUAUAGCAACAAAUACAGUAAAAAGGAGCGCAGAGAGAGAAGCAGAAGCAGAGAGAGGAAAAAAUAGAUAACGUGGGUGGGAGAUGCAUUUUUGCAUGUCUUUUUUUAUAAAUUCCUUUAGUAAGGGCUCUUGAUACACUUCUCUCUUUCUCAUCAGAUGGCUGUUCUCAGUGAAAUGUCAAUUUCUUACUUUAAAGAGCCCUAAACACAUUUUGUAUGUAUGUUGCAAACAAAUACAGGCUUUUAAAUAUAAGCAACAAAUUAUUUUCUUGAUAAAUAUGUCUUAUGUUUGAGUAGCAAGCCAUAUGAUUUCAUUUUGGUGGGGGUGGGAGAAGUUAAUCAGUAAAUCAACAUUUAUUUCAGACAUUAAUGUACAAAAAAUACUUGACAUGCCUCUGUAAAAUUGGAACUUAACCAGUACAUAUUAAUUCUCCUUGAUAAUAAAUAUACAUAGUCUUGUGAGGAGCAGGCUAAGUGUUUGAGAGCAUAUUAAAUUACGCCGAUAGUUUUUAACAUAUGACUAGAUAAAAUCACUGUUACAGGCUAUAAAUGCUAGAUUAUUUUUGAACUGAAACAUUUCCCCCCAAGAUCCACCUAAGAGGACAAUUUCACAAGUUAAAACAACAGCAACAUAGUUCCGCAUAAACGUGUAGCCAACAUUUUUUACCACCUGCAGAGUAUAACUUGGUCAAGGCUAUCUAAGCAUCUUGAACCCCUGUUGGUAUAUGUCGCUACAGUGUCAAGUUUUUGUUCAAUAAUUUCUCACGACAUGGGAAGAAUAUUUAUUGUCUUAAUAGUUUCUAGGUAUUGUAUGCUGUAGGAAUCUAAUGUCAGCUCCACUCUUCUUACCGUACAGAAAGCAGCUUAUUUCUUUUAGGGUUGGGUGGGGGGUUUAAAACUAGAUGUUGUUAAGGUAAGAAUUACAUUAAAUAAACGUUACUUUCAAAAA